AUGGUCGCUAAGAAGCCUCAAGAUAUUGACUCCUCUUCAUCUGAUGAAGAUCUCCCAGCAGUUGAAGUAGAAUACCCCACAACACCAGUGAAUGCAAGAAAACUUCAAGCUGCUAAGAAGCUUAGAAAGUUAAAGGCCAUGUCACCUGUAGCUAAUAGAAAUAAGCGCAAACAAUCUACUUCAGUUUCAUCAUCUAACAGUGCCUUAGAUGAUGGUAUUUCAACUGUUGUUUCCAGUUUGUUGCUAAUCAAUUCAACUUCGUUGGAUAGUUCUUCAACUGCACCCUCUUCGUCAAACAAUUCGUCUUCUUCUAAUUCAGGUUGA